UUUUCUUUCCUGCGCCCUCCCGCCUCGCCUCUGGCCCGCCAGCUCCCGGAGCCAUUGAUCAUCGCCGCCUCAACUCACUUCCCGCGUUGAGGUGACGUGGGCGGCAGGGAGGCCGGGCUCGCAGCGACAGCGGCGCAAGAUGGCGGCCACCACGGGCUCGGGAGUAAAAGUUCCUCGUAAUUUUCGACUGUUGGAAGAACUUGAAGAAGGCCAGAAAGGAGUAGGUGAUGGCACGGUUAGCUGGGGUCUUGAAGAUGACGAAGAUAUGACACUUACAAGAUGGACAGGCAUGAUCAUUGGACCUCCAAGAACAAUUUAUGAAAACAGAAUAUACAGCCUUAAAAUAGAAUGUGGGCCUAAAUAUCCAGAAGCACCUCCAUUUGUAAGAUUUGUAACAAAAAUUAAUAUGAAUGGAGUAAAUAGUUCUAAUGGAGUGGUGGAUCCCAGAGCCAUAUCAGUCCUAGCAAAAUGGCAGAAUUCUUAUAGUAUCAAAGUGGUUCUGCAAGAGCUGCGGCGUCUAAUGAUGUCUAAAGAAAAUAUGAAACUUCCUCAACCACCCGAAGGACAAUGUUACAGUAAUUAAUGAAAACAAACAGGGAAACGAAAAUCAUGCCCCUUCAUUCAAUUUAAGCUCUCUUCAUUUUCCACAGUAGUAAAUUUUCUAGAUGCAUCUUGUAGACCUCCAAGUACUGGAAAGAAAGUUCCCAUGCAAAGGAAAGCCUCUCUUGACAUACUGUAAAUGAUACUAAUUAAUCCCCCCCCCCAUUUUGAGAAUAAGUUGUGCUAUAACAAAUAAUCCUGUCAUGUGUUAACCACUGUCCACAUAUAGUUGAACUUCUGGUAUCAAGGAAAAAAAGUCUAUUUAAAUCGAUUACCGUCAAAAGACCGGUGUGGCACAUUGAACUCAACUGUGAAAAAAAAAAAAGCAUACGUCACACAAUCACAUUGCUGUGCGCUUGGCCUGGGCCUGUCUCUCUUCUCUCAGCCUCCUUCCCCUCAGUCUUUCUCUGUCUCUCUUGUUUGCAAUAGAGUGGGUGCUCAGGGCUAUUUAUUAGAGUAGACUUGAAGGGUGCAAUCUGCAAGGAAGCUCCGCUGCGCUAGCUCCCUCUGGAGACAAGAAUGGGGACUGCGGCAUUGAGGCAGCCUCCAAUUCAUUCUAACGCAGCUCGGGCAGGAGAACUUAUCGAAAGGAUUGUGCCCAGAGGCUUCAUUCCCAGUUCUGCACUGGGCUGUGUACAGACUACUAACAGGAUGCAGUGACAUCCUCAGUCAUCCCUUCCUUUGUGCAGGCUCUAGUAAUGGCUGAAUGUCUCUAGGGGUGGGUGGGGUUUUCUCUCUCUUUUUUUACAGUCUGCCUGAUUAAUUUGGGGGGGGGGGGUGGGCAAGCCGUUCUUUCCUACUAUAACCUUCAGGCAAAGGCGUAGAUUGUAUUUCUACACCACCCCUUUCCCAAGAACAUGGGCCUUGUGGGAUGAGAGUUCUUGGCCGGGGGAGGGGGGGUGCUUCCCAUGUUUCCUGUUUCCUUUUCUGUCAUAGCUGGGGUGCUGCUUUCUUUUUGCCCCUUCUAUGAUGCUUUUCUUUACACCCCUGGCCAGAAAAAGAGGUUUAAGUGACUGGCAAAACUGCCUGUUUGUUUGUUUGUCUGAUUUUAAUUUUUUUUAAAAUAAGCUGUGGAUUUAGUCUUCACCAGCCUGGGAAAACAUGAGUGUCCAGGCUUUUUUUUUUUUUUGGCUCGCAAGCAUCCUUUCCUCCUUGCCCUUUGGCUCUGCUUCCACGCCAUCAAACUGGCCAUGGCUGAGGUUACUAAAUAGGCUUUUGAUAUCAUGAAAAGAGCAGUCAUUUACCAGGAUGGCUGGAGCUUGCUAAGAGUGGCCAACUAUUACAGGAACGUCAAAAAGUAGAAAUCUGCAGUAAAACCCUCCAGCUUUUCCUCUCCACCCCCCAGCCAAAGGUCAGGUAUCACCACUGAAAGCCGUGUCAAUGGCUGGUCUCCCUGUGUGCGUGUAAAACUUUUGGCCCCAUAACAGACAAAUCGACUCGGUGGAGAAAGGGUUUCAUCGCAACAUUCUGGAGAGAGGAGAACAGCUUCUCAAAGAGCAGGACGGCAGCCCCACCCAUAGUGGGGUGUUAGGGACCUCGAUUGACAACGCUUCCUGGCAAAUCACUUCCUUUUUGGACUUCUUGUUUUGGACCACUAACCGCUGAAACGUGGAUGCAAGCUUAAAAUGCAAACAAUCUAGUGUGUCCUCUUUUUAAGUUUGAUGAAAAAAAUUUCAGUGUUUGUGUAAAAAAAAAAAGUCACAUUUAAAAGUAGCAGAUAUCCAGUCAAUGAAUAAUUGAUGUUUCCAUUAACUCUUUUGAAGAAGAUAUUAGUUGUAAGGAUUUAACAUCCUCUGUAAUUAAAAAAAAUUAACAUAACAGUAUUCCAUAAGCAGCCUUUUUAUUGUAUCAGACCAUUGCCUGAUUUUAAUAUAAUAAAAAAGUGUGCAUUAAUAUUA